AGCAACGGACUUACUUACACUAUGCCCAUAACCAAACAGGCAACCAUCAGUAGCUUCUUCAAGAGUGCUACACCAAUCAAGAGUGAAGAGAAUUCACCCAAGUCUUUUCCAACUGCAAAUGUUCUUGAUCAAUUUUCUUUUAAAAAUGGCAACCACAAACGUUCGUCUCCAGCUCUCCAAACUCCAACUCCACCCACACCCACACCCCCACUGACUUCAGAUAAUACAGAACUGCCGGCCAUUCCACAAAAGCGGAAACAGCAAACUCAAUCAGCAAGGAAACCAAAAGAACCGUCAUAUACACCCCUAGAGAAACAGAUCAUUGACCUAACCGACGCGCAUCACGACAAGAUUCUUCUCAUUCAAGUAGGAUACAAGUAUAAAGUGUACGGACCACAUGCCGAGAUUGUAUCGCACAUCCUCAACAUCAUGUACAUCCCCAAGGACAAUCCCCGGUUUGCGUAUUGUUCGUUCCCCGACAUCAAACUACACAUUAACAUCAAGAGAAUCAUCAACCACGGAUACAAGAUUGGCGUAGUUAAACAGCAAGAAUCGGCCAUUGUGCGUACUAUUGAGAAAAAAGGGUCUGACUUAAUGAAGAGAGAAGUCACGGGUGUUUAUACUAAAGGCACGUAUCUUGGUGAUGAGUUUGUAGGGAAUGGUAAUGACAAUGACAAUGAGAAACCUCAGUAUAUUGUUUGUAUUUGCGAAGUUAAUGAGCAUGAUUUUGCAAUUGUUGCCGUGCAGUUGCUUACAGGUAAUAUUAUUUAUGACAUGUUCAAAGACAGAUUGAACCGAGAGGAAAUGGAGACAAGAUUGACGUAUUUAUCUCCUGCUGAAGUCAUUGUAGUUAACUCCCAAGACGAAAUAAGUUCAAGUACACUAAAGAUUCUAAAACUAAUCAAUCCUGAACUUGUGCCCAUGCAUAAAACUACUAGCAAGUUGGAAGACCUUGAACUAGAUGCAGACUUGAUUGAAUACUACACCAUCAACUUUCCCCAUUCGGUACAAUCAUGCAUUGCAACACUAACGAAGUACUUGUCCGAGUUCAAGCUCAACAGUGUAUUCACCCUCCGUGAAAAUAUCACCCCGUUUACCAAUUCCACUAACUAUAUGAUCCUUCCUGCCAGCACUUUGAACGCAUUGGAUGUAUUCACCAACUCCACUGACCCUGAAUCUGAACGAGGCACUCUCGUCUGGCUUUUGAAUCACACGCGUACGCGCAUGGGACAACGGAUGUUCACUAAAUGGGUCAGUCGACCAUUGGUGCAUCGACCAGCCAUUGAAGACCGUCUACAAGCAGUGGAAGACUUGCGCAAGGGAUACAUUCACGUGGUUGACUCUCUUCGAAACCAAUUGGACAAAUUUAAAAGGUUGGAUUUGGAAGAGUUGUUAAUCAAAGCGCAUUACUCCGUCAGUUACAAAACGGGUAAGUUGAGUCGAAAAGAAGCGUUCCUUAUGAUUCACGGGUUUAAUGAUGUCUUCAAAGUGGUGGGUCAGUUUGAAAAAUCGAUUUGUGAAUUGAAUAAAAGUGUCAAGUCACGAUUGUUAUUAGACAUAUUUGAAGGAUUGCUUGAUUUCUCAAAAACUAAUGUCGCAAGAGAGUUUGUGGAUAUGAUUAAUCCCAGCUAUUUAUUGAGUGAGUCCAAGGACAUUGAUGAGCAAAAGACCAAGUUUUUCAACUUAAACAAUUUCAAAUCUGAACCGAUCGCCAAGGAACAACAGGAAAUAACCGACAUCGAAAGGCUUCUCGAUGAGGAAUUAGAGAAUGUGAGGCAUUUACUCAAACGAGCCAAUUUGAAAUACAUCACUGUUAAUCGAGAACCAUACUUGAUUGAAGUGCGUAAUGGGAAGGACGUGGAUGGGCUUCCGGACACGUUCCAACGAAUCAGCGGGAAUAAAGCUGUGAGUCGAUUCCGAACUCGAGAAAUUUCUCGAUUGUACAAUCUCCUUCAAUAUCAUCAAGAAAUCCUCUUGCAGAGGUGUGAUGAGGCCUACAUGGCCUUUUUGCAGCAAAUUGACGAUAAACACCCCUUCUUUCGCAACACCAUUAAACAUUUGGCAACUUUUGAUUGUCUCCUUUCACUCACUGCUGCCAGUCUCAUACCCAACCAUGUCAGGCCCAAGUUCACUGAUGAUCUCUUAGUUGAAGUACGUCAGGGACGCCACCCCAUCAUCGAACAAUUACGGGAUAAUUACGUCCCCAAUGACAUCUCUAUGACAUAUGAUAAAGACCGAGCCCUAAUCAUCACCGGUCCCAAUAUGGGUGGGAAAUCCUCAUAUGUUAAACAAAUUGCCUUGCUCGUAAUCAUGGCCCAGAUUGGUGCAUACAUCCCCUGUCAAUCAGCCACCAUGGGGAUCUUCGACACUGUGUUUAUGCGUAUGGGUGCUCGAGACGAUAUUUUGCGGGGACAAUCAACGUUCAUGACCGAGAUGAAUGAAUGUGGAUCCAUCAUUUCGGGAUUGACUAAUCGGUCUCUUGUGAUUAUGGACGAGAUUGGGCGAGGCACGGGGACGACAGAUGGGAUCGCCAUUGCGUAUAGUGUGUUGAAGUAUCUUGUUGAGUGCAACCAGAGGCCGUUGGUUUGUUUUAUUACGCAUUACCCCAGUCUCCAUGUUUUAGAAGAGGAGUUCCCGGGACAAGUAGUGAAUUACCAUAUGGGGUUCAAGGAAGUGGCUAAGGACGGUGAGUUCCCCGAGGUUGUAUUUUUGUAUAAUUUGGUUAGAGGUGUGAUUGGAAAUCUGUAUGGAUUAAACGUUGCCAAGCUUGCUGGAGUUCCACAUGAAAUUAUUCAAGGAGCAUAUAAAGUAAGUGAAAUAUUGAGGAAUAAAAUUGAAGCAAGAGAUCAGCAUAGGUUUUACAUGAAAUUGAUGCAAGCAAUUAAGCUGGGAGAAGAUCUUGACAAGUAUCUAGCUGCGAUAGAAUAAGGGUGCAUCAGCUCUAUUAAUUAAAUAUACUAUAUAGAUCUAUAGAACAUUACAAGUUCGAAUCAAUAUUAAGAUCAAAGAAUUUGGUAACGAUACUGUUGAACUUGGCUGGAUUAUCCAAGUAAAUAUGAUGACCGGCGUUUUCAACAAUCAUAAAUUGAGAAAGUGAAGGAUCAGUCUUGGAAACUUGAGUAUGUAUGUGUUCUCCACCACGAUGGUUCAUCCAGUCCUUGUCUCCAUAAAGCCAUAGUGCUUGCACGUUAUAUUCUUUGAAAUAUUCAAUGAGUCCUCGUUCGCAAAGUGGGAGUCUGGCUAAAAUCUCAUGAUUGAUAAACUUGGUAAUUGCCAAUUCUCCUGAUCCUGGGAACUGGUUGAAAAUGGAGUACGAGUAUCUAUGUAAUUUCAUAAUAACUUCUUCAUCUGCAUGGUUCUUGAAUCUUUUGAAUGACCAAUAUGACAAGACCUUGGAAUAAAACGGGCCUAGUUUCUGCAAUAUCAUAAACGGGGAUUUAUUAUGUUUCCAGAGUGUGCGAAUGAUGUAAUUCUUGGGGAAUCGAGGACGGCCCAUUUCCAACAGUUCCACGAGAAGUUCAACUUCGUUCUCGGGGUCCGGUUUGUUCUCUUCCUCAGUGGGCUUAUUACUGAGUAAACUAACCUCGCUUGACUCUGUUCCCAUGGGACUCACAAGUAUGACCCGAUCCACCACCAAUUUUGGGUCGCGGUUAUACUUCAUCAAGUAACAGCUCGUCAAGUAUGCCCCCAUUGAAUGGGCAAUCAUAUUGAAUUUAUGCAAGUCUCUCUUGAUUCUCCAUGUCUCAAUGCAAUCAAUGAACCAACCUUCUACAAGUUUGAUCUGGGCAAUCUUGGCCUCGCGCGUGUCUGGUUCUAUAAGAAAUUCUGCCGGGAACUUGGGACGCAGGGAGUUACCAAACCCAGGAAGAUCAAUCAAAUGCAACCUCAUUCCUGGAGUCGAUAUUAUUUCUGAGAUGUUAUUGACAAAGUACCCCAAGGCCGCCAUGUACCCAUGGACUAUUACUAUAUGUUGUUCCUCGCCUCCUUCGGUAUUGUUCUCCAAGUACAACUCGUGUAUUGUGACAUUAUCUGAGACUUCUGUGUCUAUGAAUUCGGCAAAUACUGGAUGGCGACCCUCGUCGGGGGUAGGUGCAUUUGGGGGGUAGAUAUGGAUAAAGCCUGGGAGAAUGGAUUUGAAAAGUUCAUAUUCUAUCAUGCGGUUUUUCAAUCUGGCAGCCUGUAUUUCUAGAUUUUGCUGGAUUACAGAUGUACUGGAACUACUGGCAUUCAUAAGCUGGCUCAGGGACGACCACCAAUCUUGAAAGGAGAUGUAGAAAGGUAUAGAUGAUAGUGAUGAUGCGGUAGUUGUUGUGGAAGAAGUGGUUGAAGUUGACGAAGAUUGUGACAUGGGGGAAGAUUUUGGAUCAUCCAUGGUGGCAAUUGUUUCUUUAAUCAACGAAGACAUUUUGCUGUAGAGGUGUCUAGAAAGAAGAAGGAGGAGGAGGAGGAAAUGGUUGUAAUUUUUUAUAAAAAUAGACCACUUCCUUAUCUUAGCCACCAUGUGGGAAAAAAA